UUCAUUACUAAAAACAAUAAAAAAACACAAAUAAGUCGCACCUCUGGCUUAACUAUGAAAAAAACUGUGACUUAUACUCCAGAAAAUACGGUAAUUUCAAAAUAAAAAAGUUCAAUUUUAAGGCAGAAAUUUGAACCUGUCAGGAAUUUUGCUUUGAGGGCUGAGACAAAAAAAGCCAAAUGCAAUUAUUUAAAUUAUCUGAAUAUUGGGGCAAAAAUUGAUGUUUUUCUGCAGCUCUUGGUGUCAAACUGAGCAGGUGCUUAGUCUUUCUUAGAUGUUAAAUAACUUUAAAAAUAACAGAUAUACGACCCUAUUUAUGUCUAAAAACAAAUAAAAAAAACACAAAUAAGUCACACCUGAGUAUAAGUCGCACCUCUGGCUAAACUAUGAAGAAAUUGCGAUUUAUACCCUGGAAAACACAGUAAUUUCAAAGUAAAAAAGUAUAAAUGUGAAACUGUCAGGAAUUCUGCUUUGAGGGUUGAAACAAAAAAAAAAAACACAAAUGCAAUUAUUUAAUUAUUUAAAUUAUCUGAAUAUUGGAACAAAAAUUGAAGUUUUCCUGCAGUUCUUGUUCUCAAACUCACCAAGUGUCUAUUUUUUUCCUAAAUGUGAAAUAACUUUAAAAAAUAACAGAUUUGAGUUUGGUUUCUCCUCCAAUCUGGUUUUCAAACGCCCCAUCAGAACCAGAACCAGAAACCUGGAUCUAGCCCGACGUUUUCCAGAAUUCUUCCUCUUUCCCCCUCUCUCGGUUUUCCGAGUGAGAGAUCGGCGCUCCCUCCUCGCGUGGAGCGGGCCCAGAAAACACUCUGAAAGGUUUGGAUGCAAUUCACAUAUAGGUCAAUUAAAUGCAACAACAUCUGCUCUCUCCCUACAUUUGCAUAUAUCAUUCAUAUGUUAAUCAUGUCCCUUGUUUUUUUUUACUUCCUCCCCUCCUCCCAAUCUCUUUGUAUCACCAAACAAAAAAAGAGAUGCAGAAAAUUUGGAUUCAUACUUCCCUUUUUGAAAAAUACACUCGUCCUAUUUUUGCUUCCUGAUGCUUGAAGGGGAGGUUAGGCGACCGGCGUUCCCCCGCCAUGCCCCCGAUUCUGACAGGAGGCUCCUCUAACAGCAGAGAAGGCGAGGCCCGGUCUGUUCCCCGAGCAAGCUUAGUGCUUUAUAAAUCAAUGAUGACACAGAUGGACUAGAGAUAAUCUAUUUAGAAUGCCUCACAGCAAAUAUUGUUGUGCAGACGAUUAGGCAGACAGUUCUUUUAACGGGGCGCUCCCCAACAUUUCUCACAUUUAUUCUUGUAAAUUUGACAAAGAAGAGUGGAGGACGGCGGCGGCGGCGAGGACGAGGAGGCAGACCUGCCUGUCUGAGGGGGGGUAAAUGGCAGUCCAGGGUCUCACUUUUGUCAGUAGCUCUCAAUUCAGCGCGGGAAGGAGCGGUGAAGUGGGGGGGCCCUGAUAAAUAUAAGCCCGUAUCGAUCGGCUGAAAAUGAAAGAUCCCCGAGUGGCGAGCAGUAUUUAGCUUCUUGUCUGCCCCGCGUCAGCGGUGGCCUUGCCUGGGAGGGAUAGAUUUUCAGCUGCGCCUCCGGGGCACCGCAGCGCCGCCGGCUUUGAUUUCAUCUUUAACCUUUUUCGGCUGCGUUCUCUUGACCUCUGCAGCUCACUGAAUUUGUUAGAUUUCCACUUUGACAUCGAUCCUCUCUGUUUUUCUGACCCCCCCCCUGCCUGCAGGUGCCCCGCCCCCACAGCAGUGACCGACGCUCCGAGGCAUCUUGACCCUAACAGGUUGUCCACCAGUAUGCAGGUGGUCCACUAAGGAUGGAGGACUCCAGUUUGUGUCUCGGUGUAUCAUCAGCGGUGCCCGACACCGACGCCCAUCUCAGCAGUGCCGUGUUAAAUGGCCGCUACCCCAUCAGUCAGAAGCUUCACCAGCUGACCGCCCAGCUAGGCCACGCCUUUCCAGACCUGCACCGCCCACAGCAGCUUCCCGAGGAGAAGGCAGCCACCCCUCUGGACGAGAAGAGCCACCACGCCGCCCUGGCGAGCCAACCCAUUAGUAGCCAAAUGGCCCUGCUAGCCAAUCAACUCAACAGGAACAUCGACGCGGGGGCUCUGAGCGGACUGAACGGGCGCGUCGACCUGCAGCAGUUCCUCAACGGUCAAAACCUCGGCAUCAUGUCUCAGAUGAACGACAUCGAAGACGACGCUCGCAAGAACAGGAAGUAUCCGUGUCCGCUGUGCGGCAAGCGCUUCCGUUUCAACAGCAUCCUGUCGCUGCACAUGCGCACGCAUACGGGAGAGAAGCCUUUCAAGUGUCCGUACUGCGACCACCGAGCGGCUCAGAAGGGCAACCUGAAGAUCCACCUCCGCACGCACAAGCUGGGAAAUCUGGGAAAGGGGCGGGGCCGCGUCCGGGAGGAGAAUCGGUUGCUGCACGAGCUGGAGGAGAGGGCCAUCCUGAGGGACAAGCAGAUGAGAGGCAGCGGCAGUCUUCUGCAGACGGCGCAGACUUUGGGACUCAAUAGCAGCACCAACACCCAUCAGCAGCAGAUCAGUUCGGCGUGUGGGCCCCCGCCGCCCCCCAGUCUGGCUACUCCAGAAACACUCUGCCAGCCCUCGACUUCGCCUAAGCCGACCGGAGCUCAGGAUGAGCAGUCCGCGAACCCGGGCACGGGCUUCCGCUGUACCUUCUGCAAAGGGAAGUUCAAGAAGCGGGAAGAACUGGACCGCCACAUCCGCAUUCUUCACAAACCCUACAAAUGCACCCUUUGUGAGUUUGCUGCCUCCCACGAGGAGGAGCUGAUCAGCCACGUGGAGAAGGCCCACAUCACGGCCGAAACCACGCAGGGCCAGGGUGCCGGCGGCGCGGGCGGCAUGCAGAUGGCCACCGAGUUUCGCUGCGAUGUCUGCGGCCAAGUGUUCAGUCAAGCGUGGUUCCUCAAAGGUCACAUGCGAAAGCACAAGGACUCUUUCGAACACUGCUGCCAAAUCUGUGGCCGCCGCUUUAAGGAACCCUGGUUCCUGAAGAACCACAUGAAGGUGCAUCUAAACAAGCUGGCCAUCAAGAGCAAGCCCCCCCAGCACAGCGAGCAAGACAUGGCAGCCAUCAACAGCAUGAGCAGCCUGGCUCAGGAAGCUCAUGCCAACCUGUAUUCCCGCUACAUCUCCUGUCUUCAGGGAGGCUUCCUCUCCCCAGACAAGCAGGGCCUCAGUGAGCAGCAUCAGAUGCUGGCGAAAGCUGGGAUUGUCAUGAAGGAGAAGGAGAUGUUGGGGAAACUGCUCGGCCCUAUGGCUGGAGGUGUUGCACAUGGGCUGGGCGAAAGCGAAAAGCGCUCACUCCUCGGUUGUCUCAACCUUGUGCCGCCGCUGAAAUCCAGCUGCAUGGAGCGCCUCCAAGCGGCGGCCAAAGUGGCAGAGAUGGACUCGCUCAAUAGCUACCAAGCUUGGCAGAUCAUGGCUCGCGGAAUGGAGAUGGACCGAGCCUUCAUGCCCAAGGACCAGCAGCACCCGCCCCACAUGACUCCAGGACCGGACGAUGAGACAGGCGGUGCCUUGGCUUCCUAUUCAAAAGACAAACCCGACUUCUCCUUGCUUGCUUCCAGUGAUAGCUCUAAGCAGAAGCAGCUCUCUGAUGCCCUUCAGGUCUCUAAGACCUCAGGUGGAGCCAUGAUGCCAAUGAAGGAGGACGGCAGAAGCUAUGAAAGUCACCGUGACUUACUGCUUCACCACGGGAAUGCCGAGGCUCCUGGAGUCUUGGCUGGCCUCGGAGGCCCCAACGUCGACUACAGCCUCUCCGGCCUGUCCGGCCUGAAGGAGAAGCCCUCUGAGUGUCCCGACUGCGGUCGGGCCUUCAGAACCUACCAUCAAAUGGUUGUCCACUCCCGCAUACACAGCAGAGACGGCAGGGCCAUCGACGAAGCACUUCAGCAGGGCGCAGAAGAGCGCCGCGGAUCAGCCAGCGAUCCCGAGUCGCAGUCCAUCAGCCGAUCCACCACCCCGGGAUCAUCCAACGUGACGGAAGAGAGCGGCGCCGGCGGAGGACAGUCUCAGACGGGGAGCGUCCAGGAUGACAGUCCACAUCCCUCUUCGCCAUCCUCAGAUGCCGGGGAGGACGUGGUGAAGGCGGCGGGGAGCGUCCCGCCCCCCCCUGCACAGGUCCGAGAGCGCUCUCUGGGCACGUCCUCCAAGGACUGCCCCUACUGUGGCAAGUCCUUCCGCACCUCCCACCACCUGAAGGUCCACCUGCGGAUACACACAGGAGAGAAACCCUACCGAUGCCCUCAUUGCGACUACGCCGGCACCCAGUCUGCCAGUCUGAAGUACCACCUGGAGCGCCACCACCGUGAACGCCAGAACGGCUCCACCACGUCAGGCACCGCCCACAACGCUUCCUCUGACCACAAGGACGACCACGGGAAGGCAGGGGGCGGGGUCUUUGCCCGGCCCGACGUCCUCCGGAACGUUUUCAAGGGCAUGCCCCACGGCCUGGACUUCAGGGGAGGUCCGCUGCUGCCGCACCAGUGGGCGGGCAUGAUGUCAUCACAUGACCGGGACCGCCCCGAGCGCCGAUUCGACGCCGAGAAGACCGCCGACGGCCCAAUCAUCGCCCCCGACAGUGCUCCCAGCUUCUCCGAUCUGAGCCGGGCCUACCAAAGCAUGAUGGGAAACGGAGUCCACCUGCAAGGCUCUCUCCAGGCCUUCAUGGACAGCUUCGUUCUCAGCUCCAUGAAGAAGGAUCUGAAGGACAGCCAGGGAGCGGCGCAGCUCCCGGCUCAGCGUUACCAUAACAACGGCGAGCCCAAGGCCAAGCGAGCGACCCCCACCGACCCGGAGCGAGAAGACAAGGCCGACGCCAAGAGCGGCCCUGAGCCCGGGAAACCCGGCUCCCAGUACGAACCCCUGGACCUGUCGGUGUCGGUGCGGCCCGAGUUGGCCUCCGGGUCGCUCCCUGGAUCCUCCGUCACCAUCCAUGAUAACGUGGCGUGGCACGGCUGCCUCUUCUGCUCCUUCUCCACCUCCUCGCUGGAGCUCAUGGCCCUCCACCUCCAGGCCAACCAUCUCGGCAAAGCCCAGCUUCAGCGUCCCGACGCCGGUAAAGAGAUUCAGCGGGAAGGCUCCCCCGCCACCUCGGCGGUCCACUCCUCCAAGACCUCGGCGCUGGUCCUAGAUGGAGACGGGGAGAAGCCACAGGGCGCCUGGAGCAACCACCUGGACCAGCCCUACAACCCCUUCCAGAGCGACUUCUACAAGAGGUUCGGCGGCUUGUACGAUGAGUCACCCCGAGCCAACCCGGGCCUGCAGGGGUACAUCGGCCAGGCAGAGCCGGGUCUGGAGCAGCCGCCACCCACCUUCGGAGGGUCCUCUGUGGGCGGGGAGGAGCAGAUCGGGGAGCGAGGGUCCUGUGGAGACGCUGAAGACGAGCAGACCGGAUCAGACGAAGAGGCGGGAAAAGCUGAGGAGCACGGCGCCAUUGGGACGCCCUCGGCCGUUCAGCCGCUACAGAACCACUCUGACGGGGAGGAAGAGGAGGCGGGGAUGGAUGAAGAAGAGGACGACAGAGAUGACGAGGAGCAAAUGGACGGAGAGAAAGAGGAGAGUCCGGCCAACGCAAAGCAGCUCCAGGACGACCCUUCCCUCCUCAGAGGUCGAGUCGGCCUGGCGUCCUCCUCCGCCAUGCCGCCGCUGUCCCUCGCCCCCCAGACUCUGGAGAAGCCGUGGCAGGCGGGCCUGGGCCUGCUGUCCCCCGGAGGCCCUCCUGGACUCCUAAAGUCCGACCAGCACCUGGAGCAGCAGAUGAACAUGCUGUCCGUCCUCCGAGCGUACGGCAACGACAGCCUGCCGCCGUUCAACGGCCUGGGAGUCGGAGGCGGAGCCGUGAAGAGGUCGGAAGCACCUGCUCAUCUAUGGGGGGAGGAGGACCAGCCCCCGACCCGCGAGCCCGCUCUGAGCCUGGAGUCCAACCACCUUCACAACCACAGCCUGGGCGACCCCCAGGGGCUGGACGGGGCGGAGUGAGGGGGCCGGUGGUGGCGGCGGCGGCGAGGAAGAGGAGGAGGGAGUUCAGAUGAAGGAAACACUAUAAGAGAAGAUUUUAUUUAAGACGAAGGGCGGCAUGCUGACGGUUCAUGGACCUAACUUCUGAAGCAUCCUGGGACUGGGAGUGCCGGCGCCCCUCCCCGUGUCUCCCAAGGGGAAGGGGGGGGUCUUUUUUUCUCCGACGAAGGAGCUCCUCACAUUCCUGUCUCUCUGCCCCCCCCCCGAAUGAAGAGGAUUCUCGUCCCAGCACUUCCUCGCAUCCUUCCUGCUAGAAUGUAUUCUGCUGAGACUGUCCAAGCACAUUCCUGUCUGAGAAACCCCGCGGGGGGGCGGCGGCGACCCCCCCACCCCGGACCCGAGCGUUUGUACAAAUACUGCCACCAUCUUUGUUGCACAGUGUUCCUGACUACUGAAACGGUUUGAUGUAUUUACUUUAAGAAGAGAUUAAAAAAGCAGCAGAAACUGGAAUCAGACAUGUUGUGUAUAGCCUUAGACACAUCUGUUCUUGCUUCUACAAAUCUAUGUAUCUGUGCUAGAGCGUAGGGUGUAGACCUUUAUUUUUUCAUUUUGUUUCCUUUAAUGUACUGUACAUUAUUGCCUUGUUCAUUUCCUGACCCCGCCCCCAAACCCAAAAAGAACAAAAAAAGAAAAGAUGGAAAAAAAGAUGACAAUCGUUGGCAUUUCCAGCUCCAUGGAGGGACUUUGUUUGUUUGUUUGUUUGUUUGUUUGGGUUUCACCAGUAUUUUGCACUGUGAUAGUAUUAUAAAUCCAACUAUUCAGAACAAACUAGCUAACUAACUAAAGCGAAGGCGUGUGUCUGUGUGUCCCUUUGUGAAACCUUCAUUUCUCGUGAAAAACAAAAAAAAAAGAAAGAAGCUAAGCGUCUAAAGCGGCGUGUACAGUCCCAGUAUAAUCCUCCUUCUGUUUUUAUUAGUUUGGUCAGCCUCUAUACUGUCUGUGGCUUGGACGACCCCCCCAGAUGUCUUUUUGUAUGCUAACCCCUCCCACCGUCGCAGCGUAGGCCUGCAGUUGGCUGCAACUUCUUUGAUUUUAACUCGUGAUUGCAUCGAAGCGACUAAAACAUCGGAGUGAAGGAAUCCUCAGAGCAGGAGGAUGUUCUCCUGCUGAAGGACUUGGACCUCGCGGCUCCCCGGGGGUGAAGGUUGGCGUGGGGGGAGUCUCACGGGGCGCUCUCCUUCUCUGAACCAGCUAAACCGAUCAUUCCACUUCACGUAUGAUGUAAAAAAAUCCUGUCUUGUGAGCUGAACACUCUCUAUGUUUCGCUGUAUCCUCAUGGCAGAUGCUUCGUUUUGUAACUACUGAACUGUACUUAUAAUAAAAAUAAAAUGUAUUCAAACUAA